AUGUUAGUACCUAUGUUAAUUCUUCUAUUCUAUUACAAUUUUGUACAUUGUGGCAUAAACGAUAUUCAAGAACCUCCUGAAGGAUACUAUGCUUUUGUGGAAUCUCCAAAUGCAGAACCUCCUAAAGUGCGACCUCCUCCAUACACUUAUGUCCCAAUUGAUUGUAGAGAAGAUGAUUCAAGAUCACCUCAGGGUUCUCCUUUUAAUUUGUGCGGUGACUUAAACAAAGGCAACAUACCGAGAAACCCAAUGGGACAGAAUGUGUUAGGAUCACCAUACCCCUUUGAACUAAUUAGAAACAUGACGCUAAAAUAUCUCAGCAGAACAUUACCAAUUCUUAAAGCCGAUGAAACAUUACCAAAAGUUGCCCAACUCCAAGAUGAUUACAUUAAUCAAAACAGCUUGCAUAAUGAACAUCCCAAUGACCGUCGAGGAAAAUCAAAACGAAACACAAAUAGUACUUCUAUUUUAUCAACAAAUGUUACUCACUUGAAUCCCAUAGAAUCUUCCCGACAAGCAAGGAAAUUUUGUGAUCAAGGUGGUGUUUUCUGUAUGCUUUACAAAGCGAUUAAUGGAGAACCAACUAAUCCCACAUCUUCACAAUUACCUCUCGAAAGAAGAGACGACGCUCCAAUAGCUCCUCCUAGGUAUGAAGGACCUCCAACACCUUGUCCUGCAAAAGUUGAAUAUGCUACACCAGUUUUCGCAAAGAACUAUCAAGGUAUUUGGCGAUACGUAGUACAAAUACCUUAUGAGGGUUAUUUUACUCAAACUGUUGAAGUGACACGAUGUUUACAAGCACGUUGUCAUUACUUGGAUGGUGGAUGUUUAUCUUCUCCAAGAUGGUCGAGUCUUCUAGUAGCAGAAAUAUAUUAUCCUGAUACUAUUUUAAGUAGUAGUGACGCUACUAAUCCUCAAAGAAGUCCAGUGGCAGCUUCUCAACCACCAUCAGUUCAAGAUUUUCAGAACUAUCAGCAAUACCUACAGAAACGUGCCGGCUUGCAACCAUCUUCCACAGACUCAGUGACCACCCAAAGACCUUCAUCUCACUGUGAUGGAGUGGAUGGAUUAGGAUGUUUUCAAGUUCGACUAUAUUAUGACUGGUUUCUUAUCCCAGGAUCUUGCAAAUGCUGGCGCCCAGAUUACUUCAACAAAUAUGUUAGACGGAAACCAGACCUUUAAAUUAGAUAUUAAAAAUCCAAUUUUAUGAGCUUAUCAUUGAUAGAGGGCUGGUUAACAAGUUUAGUCUCAACAACAAUUACAAAUUAUACAGAAAAUUGUCAUUUUUUGGCUAAAGACAUGUCUUGCAAAAUUGUGAAAAUUUGCAACAUGGUGAAUCCAGAUAAUAGGACAUCUUUUAUUGUACACAACCGAGCAAUUUAAAAUAAAAUGAUAAGCUUUUAAAGUGGAUUUUAAUACUAGCUCAGUUUUUAGUAACUAAAUCCAGACAUAUGAUUCAUCAAGUGUUGUAUAUAUCCAAAUAAUCGUACAAUUAUUUCGAUACUUUUAAUUGAAACAAAUUAUCUAAGAAAAGCAAAAUACUAAUGAACAUAAUCAAGUAAUGUUCUAGUAUCAUUUCAUGACAUUAUAGAACUAAAUAUAUUAGAACUUGUUGAUAAUUCUAUCAAUCAAUCAACACUACAGUCGUUUGAGGCUGCAGACAAACGAGCAGACUAGACCAAACAGAAACAGCCAAUUAGCACUAUCUUAUAAAACUAUCCCCCAUGCCAACAGAAAAUAGAUGCUGGUAAUGAUGAUAUAAGCAGAGACUGUUAUUGCUUGUUUGUUUCUUUAUUGCAAAUGUGUAUUCAAGUUGAAUUUAUAUUACUGAAAGUGAAGACUAAUGAUCGAAAAUAUCUGAUAAAGCUGAUUAGCAGUUUUUAUCAUGCUCUCUGUUUCCUACCCUCUAUCUAUAUAUGUACAUCAUAAUCUGCAAAUUACAUCUGAAGUUUAGUUCACCACUAAUAAAGCUACACUUUCUUUUUGAAAUUAUAUGUAUGGAUUUUUUACUGUAAUAACUUUAAGACUGUUAUUUUUAACAUGAUUUUAAAUCAUUUAAUUCUCCAAAAUGUCAGAAAUUUCUUUGUUUUACAUUAUAUAUGGAGUUAGACUACUAUACUUUCAAGUUACUCAUACUUCAACACAUAUUUGUCCUAGUUAUUCAAUUCAGUUGAGAGAAUAAGAACAGAUUAUGGUAGAGCUUUAUAACAUCAUUUCUAAGCAACUUAAAUACAAAUUUUUGUGAAAAGAGGUCUUUAGUUAGAUAAAUUUUGGUAAUUUUUCAAAAAUACUUAUUGAAAUAAGUUGUAAAUAGAGGUUUGUUUAAUUUAGCACUCUGCUAAUUGCAAGUAAUACAAGAAAAAUUGAAAAUGUAUAGAGAAAAUUAUAGUAUUGAAUUCAAAAGAUGCUGAUAGGAGUAUCAGCUACCUACUUUCAAGCAGACACUAUGUUGUAGCACUAAAAAUGUAGACAAUUAUUCUCGAUAAUUUGAAAAACAAAUUGAUUUUAUGCCUAAUGGAGACUUUAAGCAGUGGUGUUGUGCUUAUUUUUUUUACUGGAACGCGUAUAUAUAAUUAUAUAAACAGGGCCGAUCCUGUGUAGGCGGCCGCUCUGUGCGGUCGUCUCAUGUCCCAAAUUUGAC